AACAUGUUGCAAUAAGCUGUAGAGCUGCACACGACAUUGGGCAUUGUUCAAGUGCGUAAAAUGCAGUGUGAAGAGAAUGGGAAAGAUAUGCGAGGCAAAAUUAUGGAUGAAAAUAUUGUGUCAGGAGGUUAUCCGCUGUGGUCAUUCAGUGGCACACUUUCCGAUUUCACUCAGAAUGGACAGGACAGGGAGCUUUUAAACCAAGAUGGAGCUAUUUCUAGCAAUUCUAUGGUCGAUGACUUGGUGGCAAAAAUAUUGGAUGAAGAGUCACUUGUGGGAACUAAUGGACUGAAGGAUACUUUCAAUGGGGAGCCCAGCUUAUACUCUCUUUACAAUGGCAGCUGUCUGUCAGCAGUUGACUGGAAUGAUCAGUACCAGAAUGGUAUGAAUGGUGCACAACUGAGUUUCCCAAAUAGCUUUAGUGCCCUCGAUGGGAUAAAACUUUCUGACUUGGAACUACAUAACUCAUCUGGAACAAAAGAUUGUAAUAUUAACAAUGAAUUUCCAUGCAUAGAGCUCCCCAGACUAGACCAGUUGGAUUUUGAUUUAGGCAUACUGUCUCUAGAGGGGAAUGGUGUAAACCAGACUCAAGCUUUGUCUCUUCCUCCUCCUGCACACGCUCGCUUACAGACUGAAUCAUAUGCGACUCAAGGGUUACCAGAACAUCAACAUAACCAGGAAUCUCAUCAGAAUUUCUGUCAUAUUGACCCUGGGAAAGAUUUAUCGUUAGGAAGUACAUUUACGGGAAAUACUCAGUUAUCACUAUUUUCUUCAUCUGACUCCACUCAGCAAGAUACAGCAGCACAAUCAUUAACAAUUAAUGCUACAGAUCCUGUGAUAUAUGGCCAAGAUUUACCAAAUGAUCAGCAAAUGUAUAAUUAUGUUCAGUUGCUAACUAGAACUGGCAAACUAACAUUUGGACCAGGACAACAACAAGAAUGUUCAAGAUAUGGAAGACAGGGUAUUUCAUCAUUAGAUGCUAUUUCAGCAAGUAUAUCUCCAACUGUAAUUGACAAGAUUAAUCAGUAUCCAGCCAGUAGCAUAUCUCAAAUAGGAACAAAUUAUGCUGCUAAGGAAGAACCUGUUAUAAGUAAUGAAGGUAACUUGACACAUCCAGAUCAUCAGGUCAAUUUGCCACUACCAAAAUUUAAAAAAGUUGUCCAUAAUGCUGCUCCUGACAUUAAGGAAGCUACUGGACAAACACCUUCAGCAUCAUAUUCUGCAAUUGGUUUUCCAAGGAAUCUGACAAGAGGAAAUGGAAACAACCAACAGGCAAUAUCUGUUGGCUGUGGCCCAGACUCUGGAGGCAACACGGGAUAUGUGUACAACAAUACAUCAAGAUUCGGAUCAAGUAGCACAGACAGGAAUGUUAAUUAUCGUUUAAAUGGCAAUGCAAAUGAUGCAGUAAUGAAAAAUGUACAAAGUAGUGGAAGUGGUGCAAAUCAUGUUACUUUGAACUGUGCAAGAAAUUCAUCAUUUUCCAAUUCUGCUGCAAACUUCAACAGCUUGCUGACACAAUCUUCAGCAAUAGAAAAUGCAAACUAUUUAAAUACUGACAAUCGUGCAGCUAAUUUCCAUCCAUUCCAGUAUGGAAAUGCAUCUCUAACAUUGCAUCAAAUGAUUCCACCUCCACCACUGGAUGGAACAACGUAUCCUCCAGAAUUUUGCACUGAAUUAUUAAAAGCAAGGGCAAAUCUUGGUUAUCUUACCACAUCGGGACCUGUCGGACCAGAUGGGCUGCCAGUAUUUGAUGUACCUGGAUUAUUUGGAAUUCCUUCACAUGUUUACGGUUUUCGAUCAGUUCGGCGAAGUGGACCCUCAAGCGAGCUUCAUCUGCGCUUAGAAGAGUGCUAUGAUCAAUUUAAGAGCUUGGAAAAGGAACGAAAGAAAACAGAAGCAGAUUUAGCACGGCACAACCCAGGGAAAAAAGUAUCUUCAGCUAAUAAUAUACCUGUACCUCGAUUACCACCAACACCUUCAAGAGUUGAUCGACUAAUAAUUGAUCAGCUUCGUGAACAUGCAAGGGUAAUAACACUCAUUGCAAAAAUGGAACGUCUUCGUGGUGAAGCUGUUCACUCAAAUAUUCAUGCAUCAAUGGAGGCAUGGCUUGAAGCAAUAAAGAAAGUACAGUCACGCCGUCGAGAUGAAAUAAUUAAUUCUACGAACCGCCAUCACAGUUUUGUAGCAGGGAUUCCCACUCCACGAAUUCAAGAAGACAAAGAUAUUUUGGCACUGGCAGCCAGCAUUCAAGAGUUAAGCAUUGCUUCCAAGAAAGCUCGUACUGGUAUGUGGUGUGCCCUAGAAACAACACUUCUUAGCCAGAGCGAGAAAAGUGAUGAGGCUCUGCAAGAUACAGAUAAUAAUCCACCAAAUACCGAUAUGAAGAAGUAAUAUAAAGUUUGUCUACACUGCUUUAAUCAGUCUGAUUUUGUAUCUGGAUAUGAUUCUUUUUGAAGUCUGUUCUAAGUUAUGUAAUUAUUUAUUAAUGUGCACAGUCUACAAACAAUCUUUUCAUGGUUUCUUUUAAACUGUAUAAUCUUAAAUACUCCUGACAGCCAAGGAAAGUCACUGUCAGAAUAUAUAAUUUUAAGUAAAUUUGCAGUAGCAUUUGUUCUACUGUGUUGUCAUAAUGCACUUUUAAUGUAGUGACACACAGUUUUCCUUGAAUUUUUGAUGUAAUUGUCUUCUAUUGCCUAUUGUGGCUGUCAGUGUAAACCUUUCCUUAUUAUUCUGUCAUAAGUGUGACAGACUGCACAAGAGUGUACAUUGCAAGAAAGUUAAGUUUUUUUUUUGUUAUCAUUCAACUGUUGAUCUACACAUGUAUAUAUUCUAUGUGUAUAUCAUUCUCAAAAUGACAUAAGUACUUUGGGUAACUAGUCAACUGUGGUAGUUUAUAAAAGCAUGAAAUGCUUGAACAUUCGCAAUACUGAACUGCCCGGCAGUAGGUGUAAGUAGUUGUUGUAUGGUCACUUUUUAUUAUUUUUGUCCUGUGCUAAAAUUUAUCAGUAAGACGUAGACCCACUCAAAAUCCAACAUAGGAGUAUAUAUUGUACAUGUAUUAUCUAUUGGUACUAUUGAAAGGCCAAAACCUUUAAAGCAUUUCAAAAAGUGUGCAUUGGAUGACUGAGUACUUACUUAUUGCCGGGCAGACUUUUAGAGAAGUUUUUGACUGUAUAGAGCGCUGUAUCAAAAUGUGAAAGAGAAAUGGCUCUUAGAUUGAAAUAAGUGUUUUGAUGGAAAAUGUUUCUUUUUACCAAAGUGUGUAGCUCUCUGGAUUCAUAGUUUUCCAUUAACUGCAGUUUCGUAUAGUGUUUUCUCGUAGAAUACAUGCUGUUUUAAAACUGGUGGUAUUGAAGUGGCAGCAGUGGCAGAGAAAUCAGGGAAUUCACAGUGGUUGACUGAUUUGAUGUGAUCUGUUUCCUUUAAGAAGAAUAACAAAGUAAUACUACUAAUGAUUAUUGUAAUAAUGCUUUGUCUAUGAAUAUUUUACGAAUGCACUUUUUGCUGUGGUAGCUUCUGCAGUCAUAUUGCUGAAAGACUGAAUCUCCCAUUUACAACUUUGCAUUAUCAUAUAAAAUUACAAAACUGCAGCCCAUUCUGUGAUUAAUGUUUUCAUGUGAAGGUAACUGACAGUUAUAGUACAGUUUGAUGACUAAAUGUCCAUAUCUUUUCUUUAUAAAAAGUAUUUUGCAUUUGAUUUAUUAUUGCAUAUUUAGACAAUCACUUGAACAGAAUGGUAAUGCAGAAAGUAUAUGUUUAGCACAAAAAAGUUUCUGUGUUAAUUUAUGUGCUCAAUAUAUUUGUCUUGCCAGUGAUUUCCUAAGAAACAAACUUGUCAAUUUAUAACCAAUGGUGCAGUUUCUGUGUGUAAUUAUAUAAAUAUAAACAUAUACAUAUAAUAUAUAUAUAUAUAUUUCUGUAGACCAAGCCAGGGAUGUUGCACUUCAGUAUUAUGCAUUAAGGAAUAAUCUUCACUCUUGCACUUCAUGCAUUGGAGGACACUUCAUAGAAAGGCUGAGAAAAAGUUACAUGCAUCAUUCAAUUUUUCCAUUCAUUUUUGGUGCUUCUCUCAGACAUUGCUAACUUUCUGAACUGUGAUAUAUUUAAAAUGCCAAUAAUGAUUCACUUUAAAAGUGUAAAUCUUUUGUCAUUCACUUCACAAUACCAAAAUUAUGUAUCUCAGUAUGUAUAGAUGGAAAUUAGAUGUGAAUAAGCUAGAGGACAAUCCUAAUAUAAUGCAUGUGAUAAACUAUGACUUAAUGAGACCAAACUUACCAGACAAUUUAGAGUAGCAAAAGUGUAUUUUUUUUAAGAAGUGCAUGUAUGCUUCUUGUCUUUGUAAGGUGUAUUUUAACAUUGUUUUAAAUAUUCUUUCAGAUGUUUUAUAUGUAUUACUUCAUAUAGCCUUGUUAUUACUGCACCAUAUCAAUUUCAAAUACAGGUAUAAGCUUUGCAGUAAAGAGGAGAAAAGAAAUGAGUCAAAAUUGUAAUAAACUUUGUAACAAUGUCUUGUUAUUCUAAAACAGGUGAUCUGUUAGAAGACUUAGUGAUUGCCUCUGCCUUCUCUCGUAGCUAUUUCCGAGACACUAUUGUAUACUUUUAACUUUCAGAUUUGUUUCAAGUGAACCAUUGGGCAUGGCAGUGAUUUUAUUUUAUGAUUAUUUAUAAGAUUUUAAAUGAAGAAGCUUGCCUGACUUAUGUGAAAAUAAUUUUAAAGCAAUGUCAGAACAUAAUAAAUUUAAUAUAGUGUGUUAUACAUCAGUCAAAGAUCCUGGCCUGAAACAUUAUACUCUAUUUUUGCGGCCUUUUUCUUUUGUAAAGCAGGCCUACUAAUUUUUGAAGGUUACGCAUGUAACCUUACAUGUUGAACACUGCAUUUUGAAAACACACUCAUGAAGUUAAACAUUAUGUAAUAUGUGCGAAUUAAUCAAUGUUUAACUCCAGUAGUCUCUCACUUUUUAUUUUUAUUUUUCCUGAGGUGCUUCCAGUUAUAUAUGUAAUGCUAUUUUUGGCCUAACUUGUUUAUGUUGUUAACACUUAAUCAGUAUUCUUUAUGUAUUUUAUACACAUAAAAAUGUACAAAGCUAACAUUAAAUUUUUUUUUGUUGUGUAGUGAUGAUUUUCCAAGUGCCACUGCUUGUUACGUUAGUGUAUUGUUUGUUUCCUCCGCCUCCAUGACCAAAGGUUCAAGUUGCAAAUGCUUGCAAUAGUAUUUAAAGAAAGAAAUGAGUGUAAUAUUCAGUUAAUGAAGUUAUUUUUGUCAGCAGUUUUAUAAAAAUGACCUCCAAAUGUUAAAUGUGCCAGUCCCCUUUUUGCAAAACUAGUGGAAUUUGGUUUUUGAUAUUAAGCAUAAAGGCAAAUUUUGUGAUCAUUCCUUUGUAUAGUGGGUAUAGAUGUGCUAUUAUAUUUUUAACAAGCAACCUUCCAUGGGAUUCCAUAGUUCACUACACUUCAAAUAGUUUUGAUCGACUAGAUCUAAUCCUUGUGUUAAUGUACCUCAGAUUGGGAAUAGAGGAUGAAAAAUCCAGUUUUAUAAUAUUCGUCCAUAAUCUCUGUGUAAUUAAGAGAGUAAUUUUUUUUAAUGUUGAUGCUAAGAUGUCCCCUUUUUUGUAAUAUAUAGUUACCGUAUCAUUUAUAUAAAUGCUGUCGUUCCAUGGUAAUCUUUCAUUUGUUUGACUCUUAGGAGUGUUUUCUUCACUGACUUACGGUUGUGAUUAAUUAUUGAGAAAUAUGGUAGUGGUGCCAAGCUUAUUGUAUCUGAAUAAUAGCAAGUUUAGAGCAUUCAGAAUGUUUUGGAGCUUGCUAAAAACUUGAAUAGAAUUUCCUAUUGAUGUUGAAACUGCCAUUAGGCUAAGUUCAUUGUGCCUCCUCUAGAAACAUACACUGUGUAUUUUGUUGAAAUCUUAAUGUCGGUGUGCAGUUGUAUGUGUUUGGGUACUCAUUGAUACGCUUGUCUAAAUCCUCCCACAUUGUCCAUGAAUCCUUUUCGUGAUGUGUUACAUAUUCCCUUCUGCACUCGCACAAUCUCAUUACCUUACAGUUAUUUAAAUACUAAUUAAAUGGGCUGUGGUAGUUUAAUAUAUUAAAUGUGGGUGAUAACACAAUUUCUAGGAGAGUAUUUGAUUCACAGAUAUUGAAUAAGAUAUUUUAGAUUAGUAAUGAAUGAGUAGAUUAGUGCCAUGUUGUUUUGGGCUGGACCAGUAGUUAGUAAGAGGUGCUCAUGUUA